AUGUUCCGCAUAGGACUAAUUGGACUCCGGGCCAGCCGGCCUGUGCUACUGAAGCCGAUCCAAAGACCCCAGCUUCUGUUUCGGCCGGUGUCUCCCUUCACAACUGGACGACAUCUGUUCCAGAAAGAUGCUCACAACGACCACCCCAAGAAGGAUGCUGAAAACAAGCCCGAAAACGACAAGGAGCAGUCCAACGAGAUGGUAAAGAAAGACACCACGUUUGAUCAGCUCCCCCACAUCCCUGAUCCCAAGGCCGAGGCUUUGGCGAAGAAAAACGGCUACGUCCCCGCCAAAGAGUGGGUCCGAGAGUCGUUUGAGAUGCCUAAAACUGACGUGCGACGGCCCCAUAUGCUGAAAUGGAAGGCCCUAGACGGCCAUGGACCCAAACUGUUUGCCCUCGCGGUCAUUCUGUGGAUCAUUUGGUGUGCUUACAUGGUUACUGGACGAGGAGGUAACGAGGGAGGAGAGACUACUCUGGCAAACAACGCCUUUGUCAAGUACAAGAUUGUCAAGAAGAUGAAGAUCAGCGACGACGUGGAGCUGAUUGAAUUUAAGGGACCGGAACGAUCCAUGCUCCAGCCCAAGUAUGCAGAGUACUGGGAUGGUCACAGAAUGUUUUCUGUUCACAUUAGACAGCCUGACGUGCAGGUUGUACGAUCCUACACUCCUCUACCCGUUUACAUGAUGCAGGAUGUUGAUGGAAAGGAUCCUUUGGUCAAGAUCAUCAGUUGGGAUACCGACUACAAUGGCUUUUGCAUGAUCAUCAAGAAGUACGAGAACGGAGAAGUCGCAAAGUGGAUCCAAUCCCUGCCAAUUGGCACCGAUGUGGACAUUCGAGGUCCAUUUAUUGAUGCUGUCAUUCCGGAAAUUCCUGCUGACGUUAAGCCUCCCAGAGCUCCCAUGGAGGAUAUGCCCAGUCGAAUCCCGGCUGACUGGAAGUACCUGGACGUUCCCAAACCCGACAACCUGGUCUUCUUUGCUGGAGGAACCGGAAUCGCCUCUGUUUUGCAGGCCCUUUUGUCUACCAAUCCUCCUCGAGGCUGCGUCGACAUUCACUACUCUGUGCGAACCCGUGAUGAGGUCCCCUUUGAACGUCUUCUCUACUUUCUGCAAAAGCUCGGUCGAAUCCGACUCUUCAUGUACGUGGACAAGGAAAACAAGUUCAUCUCGAGUAAGGACAUUCCCCAACCUGCUCCUUUGAACAUCAAGCCCAACACUGAUACCACCGACUACAACAACGCUCUGGAGCAGGCAGCGGCCCAGAAGAAGGACAAGAACCGCCAGGGACCUGUCUAUGCAUACGUUUGUGGCCCUGACGGUUACGUCAACUACAUGGCUGGUCCUCGAACCUAUGAUGGUCAGGGACCUGUCAAGGGUCUGCUUGGACAAAAGGGAUGGACCAAUGACAAUGUUCGAAAGAUGUAG